GCCUCCUGUGACAAUGGCGGGCGAGCUUGAUAGUUGCAAGCUCCUGAGCGGGUUGCUGAGCGGCCUGGCCCAGAAAGACUUUCACGGGCACCCGGGUAUUACCGAGGAGCUGCUGCGGAGCCAGCUCUAUCCCGAGGUGCCACCGGAAGAGUUCCGACCCUUUCUGGCGAAGAUGAGGGGGAUUCUUAAGUCUAUUGCAUCUGCAGACAUGGAUUUCAACCAGCUGGAGGCAUUCUUGACUGCUCAAACCAAAAAGCAAGGAGGAAUCACAUCUGAUCAAGCUGCUGUCAUUUCUAAAUUCUGGAAGAGUCAUAAGACAAAGAUCCGAGAGAGCCUCAUAAACCAGAGCCGCUGGGACAGUGGGCUUCGGAGUCUGAGCUGGAGAGUUGACGGCAAAUCACAGUCGAGGCACUCAGCUCAGAUACACACCCCUGUUGCUGUAAUGGAGCUGGAAAUAGGGAAGAGUGGACAGGAAUCUGAAUUUCUGUGUUUGGAAUUUGAUGAGGCCAAGAUCAACCAAGUCCUGAAGAAGCUCUCAGAGGUAGAAGAAAGCAUCAGCACACUGAUGCAGCCAGCUAGCUGAAGAUGGAGUUUUUGAAGCAAAGAUGUUCAUGAUCCCUCCUUACUGACCUGUUUUUUUAAUAUUAUUCACCAAUUAGUAUUAAAUCCUCAAAUUCAAAUCUU